AUGGUCGUGGCUCUUCGGUACCUGUGGCCUCUACUCUUCUGCAGCCCCUGCCUGCUCAUACAGAUUCCUGACGAAUAUAAAGGACACUAUGUGAUGGAACCACCUGUCAUUACGGAACAGUCUCCACAGCGCCUGGUUGUCUUCCCAACAGAUGACAUAAGCCUUAAAUGUGAGGCCAGAGGCAGACCCCAAGUGGAGUUCCGGUGGACGAAAGAUGGCAUCCAUUUCAAACCCAAGGAAGAACUGGGUGUGGUGGUGCAUGAGGCACCCUAUUCUGGCUCAUUCACCAUCGAAGGCAACAACAGCUUUGCCCAGAGGUUUCAGGGCAUCUAUCGCUGCUAUGCCAGUAAUAAGCUAGGAACUGCCAUGUCUCACGAGAUCCAGCUUGUGGCUGAGGGUGCCCCCAAGUGGCCGAAGGAGACUGUAAAACCCGUGGAAGUGGAAGAAGGGGAGUCAGUAGUUCUGCCUUGCAACCCUCCACCCAGUGCAGCCCCACUUAGGAUCUACUGGAUGAACAGCAAGAUUUUGCACAUCAAACAAGAUGAGAGGGUGUCCAUGGGACAGAAUGGAGAUCUGUAUUUUGCCAAUGUGCUUACCUCAGACAAUCACUCAGACUACAUAUGCAAUGCCCACUUCCCUGGGACCCGGACCAUCAUUCAGAAGGAACCUAUUGACCUCCGGGUCAAGCCCACCAACAGCAUGAUUGACCGGAAGCCACGCCUGCUGUUCCCCACAAACUCCAGCAGCCGCCUGGUAGCCUUGCAGGGGCAGCCAUUGAUCCUGGAGUGCAUUGCUGAGGGAUUCCCUACACCCACCAUCAAGUGGCUGCACCCCAGUGAUCCUAUGCCAGCACACCGUGUUAUCUACCAGAAUCACAACAAGACCCUACAGCUACUCAAUGUGGGUGAGGAAGAUGAUGGCGAGUAUACCUGCCUUGCUGAGAACUCACUGGGCAGUGCACGACAUGCCUACUAUGUUACUGUGGAAGCUGCUCCAUACUGGCUGCAGAAGCCCCAGAGCCAUUUGUAUGGGCCAGGAGAGACUGCCCGCCUAGACUGCCAAGUCCAGGGCAGGCCCCAGCCAGAGGUCACCUGGAGUAUCAAUGGAAUGUCUAUGGAGAAGGUGAACAAGGACCAGAAGUACCGGAUUGAGCAGGGGUCUCUGAUCCUGAGUAAUGUGCAACCAAGUGACACAAUGGUGACCCAGUGUGAGGCCCGCAACCAGCAUGGGCUCCUGCUAGCCAAUGCCUACAUCUAUGUUGUCCAGCUGCCAGCCAGGAUCCUAACGAAAGACAACCAGACAUACAUGGCAGUAGAGGGCAGCACCGCUUACUUGCUGUGCAAGGCCUUUGGAGCCCCUGUUCCCAGUGUCCAGUGGCUGGAUGAGGAAGGAACCACAGUGCUUCAAGAUGAACGUUUUUUCCCCUAUGCCAAUGGAACCCUGGGUAUCAGAGACCUUCAGGCAAAUGACACUGGACGCUAUUUCUGCCAGGCUGCCAAUGACCAGAACAAUGUGACCAUUUUGGCUAAUCUGCAGGUUAAAGAAGCAACCCAGAUCACAGAAGGGCCCAGGAGUGCAAUUGAGAAGAAAGGUGCAAGGGUGACGUUCACGUGUCAGGCCUCUUUUGACCCCUCUUUGCAGGCUAGCAUCACUUGGCGUGGAGAUGGGAGAGACCUCCAGGAACGUGGGGACAGUGACAAAUAUUUCAUAGAAGAUGGGCAACUGGUCAUCCAGAGUCUGGACUACAGUGACCAGGGCAACUAUAGCUGUGUGGCCAGCACUGAAUUGGAUGAGGUGGAGAGCAGGGCACAGCUCUUAGUGGUGGGGAGCCCUGGACCUGUGUCUCACCUAGAGCUGUCUGACCGCUACCUGCUGAAGCAGAGCCAGGUGCACUUAUCUUGGAGCCCUGCUGAAGACCACAACUCUCCCAUCGAGAAGUAUGACAUUGAAUUUGAAGAUAAGGAAAUGGCUCCUGAGAAAUGGUACAGUCUGGGCAAGGUGCCAGGAAAUCAGACCUCUACUACCCUUAAGCUGUCCCCCUAUGUCCACUACACCUUUCGGGUCACUGCCAUCAACAAAUAUGGCCCUGGGGAACCCAGCCCUGUGUCUGAGACUGUGGUCACACCUGAGGCAGCCCCAGAGAAAAACCCUGUGGAUGUGAGAGGGGAAGGGAAUGAGACCAACAACAUGGUCAUCACAUGGAAGCCCCUCUGGUGGAUGGAUUGGAAUGCUCCCCAGGUUCAGUACCGUGUGCAGUGGCGCCCACAAGGCAAACAGGAAACCUGGAAGGAACAGACCGUGAGCGACCCCUUCCUGGUGGUGUCUAAUACUUCCACCUUUGUGCCUUAUGAGAUCAAAGUCCAGGCAGUGAACAACCAGGGCAAGGGCCCUGAGCCCCAGGUCACCAUUGGAUACUCGGGAGAAGACUACCCCCAGGUGAGCCCUGAGCUGGAAGACAUCACAAUCUUCAACUCAAGCACUGUGCUGGUCAGGUGGAGGCCUGUGGACUUGGCCCAGGUUAAGGGCCACCUCAGGGGAUACAAUGUAACAUUCUGGUGGAAAGGCAGUCAGAGAAAGCACAGCAAGAGGCAUGUCCACAAAAGCCACAUGGUUGUGCCUGCCAACACCACUAGUGCAAUCCUCAGUGGCUUGCGUCCUUACAGCUCUUAUCAUGUGGAGGUGGGGGCCUUUAAUGGGCGGGGUUUGGGACCUGCAAGUGAAUGGACCUUCAGCACCCCAGAGGGAGUGCCUGGCCACCCUGAGGCAUUACACCUAGAGUGCCAGUCGGAUACUAGCCUGCUACUGCACUGGCAGCCACCACUCAGCCACAAUGGAGUGCUCACUGGUUACCUGCUCUCUUAUCACCCCUUGGAUGGGGAAAGCAAAGAGCAGUUGUUCCUCAACCUUUCGGACCCAGAGCUCCGGACUCAUAAUCUCACCAACCUCAACCCUAAUCUGCAGUACCGCUUCCAGCUUCAGGCCACCACCCAACAGGGCCCUGGUGAGGCCAUUGUGCGUGAAGGAGGCACCAUGGCCCUGUUUGGCAAGCCAGAUUUUGGCAACAUCUCCGCCACAGCAGGUGAAAACUACAGCGUGGUCUCCUGGGUCCCUCGGGAGGGCCAGUGCAAUUUCAGGUUCCACAUCUGGUUCAAAGCCUUGCCAGAAGGGAAAGUAAGCCCUGAUCGCCAACCUCAGCCUCAGUACGUAAGCUACAAUCAAAGCUCCUACACACAGUGGAACCUACAGCCUGAUACCAAGUAUGAGAUCCACCUGAUGAAGGAAAAGGUGGUCCUUCACCAUCUGGCCGAGAAAACUAAUGGCACUGGCCCCGUGCGAGUUUCUACUACAGGUAGCUUCGCCUCUGAGGGCUGGUUCAUCGCCUUUGUCAGUGCUAUCAUUCUCUUGCUCCUUAUCCUGCUCAUCCUCUGCUUCAUCAAACGCAGCAAGGGAGGCAAGUACUCAGUGAAAGACAAGGAGGACACUCAGGUGGAUUCUGAGGCCCGGCCCAUGAAAGACGAGACCUUUGGCGAGUACAGGUCCCUGGAAAGUGACAAUGAAGAGAAGGCCUUUGGCAGCAGCCAGCCAUCUCUCAAUGGAGACAUCAAACCCCUAGGCAGUGAUGACAGCCUGGCCGAUUAUGGGGGCAGUGUGGAUGUCCAAUUCAAUGAGGAUGGCUCCUUCAUCGGCCAGUACAGUGGCAAGAAAGAGAAGGAGGCAGUAGGAGGAAAUGACAGCUCAGGGGCCACCUCUCCUAUCAACCCUGCAGUAGCCCUAGAAUAG